GCCACCAACAAACACGUUACCUUUGGCUGAGAAUCUAAACGCUUUCUUUCUACAGAGCUCUCUUGAAAUUCACUAUGGCUGCAACUGCAACUCUACUUGCACAGUUUGCUCUCCUUCAAUCUCUCCCUCUCAAGAAGCUUCACAGUCCUCGUCUACCUUCCCCCUCUACUGUCUCUCUGCCCUCAAAAUUGAGCUUUGUUGCCAAGAGGGAAAAUGGGUUCGCUGCAAAAUGUUCAAUGGCUGUCACUGAAUCGAUUUCGUUGCCUGCGGCUUCCAGUAGUAGGGAGACGAAGAAUCCCAUAGUUGUCAUUGACAAUUAUGAUAGUUUUACCUAUAAUCUUUGCCAGUACAUGGGGGAGUUGGGAUGCCACUUUGAGGUUUACCGGAAUGACGAGUUAACUGUGGAAGAGCUAAAAAGGAAAAAUCCAAGAGGGUUGCUUAUAUCCCCAGGACCAGGCACACCACAAGAUUCUGGCAUAUCAUUACAAGCUGUUUUAGAGCUUGGACCUCUGGUGCCUUUAUUUGGCGUGUGUAUGGGACUGCAGUGUAUUGGAGAGGCUUUUGGAGGAAAGAUUGUGCGUUCCCCUUAUGGUGUCAUGCAUGGGAAGAGUUCUCUUGUGUAUUUCGACGAGAAAGGGGAAGACGGCAUGUUUUCUGGGUUAAAAAACCCUUUUACUGCUGGGAGGUAUCAUAGCCUCGUGAUUGAAAAGGAUAGUUUCCCUAGUGAACAACUUGAGAUUACAGCAUGGACAGAGGAUGGGCUAAUAAUGGCUGCUCGUCACAAAAAAUAUAAGUAUCUACAGGGGGUACAGUUCCAUCCAGAAAGCAUUAAAACUUCAGAAGGCAAGAUUAUCGUUCGCAACUUCAUCAAACAGAUAGAGAGAAAAGAGGCCGAAUCUCAGAACUAGUGAACGUGAGAAAAAGUUUAUUCUUAAGCUUGUCUCGGUCAUCUGGUAUGACCAGUUUAAUAAUAGGAGUUCCUGAAUUUUUUAAUUCCA